CACGGCUGGCGCGGGCGGGCCCGUCCCCCCUGCCCCUGGGUCGCUCUUUUUAAGCUCCCCUGAGCCGGGGCUGCGCUUCUCUAAUUGGGACUCCGAGUCGGGGCUAUUUCUGGUGUUGGCGCGGCUCCAAGAAGGCAUCCGCAUUUGCGACCGGCGGUGGCGGCAGCGGAGCAGCCCAGGCCGGUCCCCUGCGCCCAGCCCCGCCGCGCCCGGCAGCCCCGAGCGCGCCCCGCCGGCGGCCUGCCGAGCUCGCGCAUCACAGCCAGGCCCUCACUGCCCCGUAGAGAAGAAAGAUGAGCGAGUCCAGCUCCAAGUCCAGCCAGCCCCUGGCCUCCAAGCAGGAGAAGGAUGGGACUGAGAAGCGAGGCCGGGGUAGGCCGCGCAAGCAGCCUCCGGUGAGUCCUGGGACGGCGCUGGUAGGGAGUCAGAAGGAGCCCAGUGAAGUGCCAACACCCAAGAGACCUCGGGGCCGACCAAAGGGAAGCAAAAAUAAGGGUGCCGCCAAGACACGGAAAACGGCUGCAGCUCCAGGGAGGAAGCCGAGGGGCAGGCCCAAGAAACUGGAGAAGGAGGAAGAGGAGGGCAUCUCCCAGGAGUCCUCGGAGGAGGAGCAGUGACCACGCGCAGUGCCGCCUGCUCCUUGGCCACCACAGGAGCAGCUUCCCCUGGGACCGGAAGCCCUGCUUCCAGCCCCCUCCCCACCCCCACUGCACACUACCGCACCAGCUGCAGGCUCUGCGGCACCCACGGGA